AUGUAUUCAACAUAAGAACUUUAAUAAACAAUUCAUAAUUAUUCUCUAUAAGUACUAUAAGCUGGUGAUUUUGUGGUAUCUUUUGAUAUCUAUAUUAAUUCUUUAGAAAAACUAGUAAAUUAUUGAGUAACUCAAAACAUUUAUUUUGGAUUGGAAUAAUUUGCCUCUCUUUAGAAGUAUUGUUGAACAUGAUCAAAAACCUGAAACUAUUUUUGUUCUCUAUUCCCUAUUGUAAAAAUCAGUUGCUUAAGGAUCAAAAUUUAUAAAUGUACUUCAACCUACAUAAAAAAAAUAAUCAACUUUUGAAGAAUUAGAAAAGUAAUAUAGAUAUUAAUAUAUUAGUAAUGAAAAGUAAUAUCAUACAAUAAUCGUUAUAACUCAUAUUGAAAUUGUUAUCAAUUAUUUUGCAAGAUUCUUAAAUCAUCCAAAUCAUGUAUAAAAUUAGGUGCUAUUCACUUUGGCAUUUUUAAUAAGAAAAUAUUGGACAGAUACAACAAACUCUGAUCAACUUGUAGAAAAAUUGAUUAACACAUUUUUUAAUAGUCAGAAUUUCUCAAUUUUAACUAUAGGAUGUAAAUUAUUUGAAAACAUCUUAAUUUGUGUUAGAUCAUAUUAUUAUGCUUCUAGUUAUUUAGAGUUUAGAAAAAUAAUGAUGAGUUUCUUAAAGUACAAAUUUUAAUUAAUUAAUUUAGGUAAUCUUUAAGCAACUUAUUAACAGCUACUCAUAAACUAAUUAUUAUUUAGUUGUAAAACAAAACUUUUUUAUAAUUAUAUUAAGAAGAUAAAGCUUUUAUUGAUACAUUAAUCUAAUUAAUAAAUUCAUUCAUGACUUUUAAUUUUAAUUUAAGCUUUUAUGAAAUUGAGGCAGAUCAAGAUCAAAAAGAUAACUUUCUAAUAAAUGUAAUAAUUCUAAAUCAAAACAUUAAUUUAGUUUCCUGACUCUUAUAUUUCAAUAAUAACUGAAUUAAAACUCAAUUAAGAAAUUUUUAGAUCUAUCAUAGACUUUUAUACUUUAGAUUAAACAAUUUCAAUUAAAUUGAUAACAAUUGUUUAGAGAAUAGCUGCUGCAAGACUUUCAUUAUUUUUUGGAAAACGUUCAUAGAAAUAAUAAGUGAGAAGAACUCUAUGGGAAGGUUUACUAUAUAUAUUAAAUAAUCAUUAAAUAUACAUAUAAAAUUACGAUUUUUGUAAUGAAAUUUGUAUAUUUGCAAUCAAAUUAGUUGUAAAUAUAUUUCUUAAACUAGUCUAACUUUACAUUAAAAAAAUUGAAUAAAUUUUAAGAUUUAUUUGAUUAAUGUGUAAUAUAAUUUAAUCAAAUGAAUCAAGUAAUUUUAAGUAAUUAUUAAAUCAGGAUAUAACCAAAUAGUGUAUUUAUAAAAUUGCAAGAAGUUUGGAAUUAAUUUUAGAUAUAAAUUAAUUCAUAUAAAUAACAAUAUCCAACAUAAUAUUUGAAUCUAUCAAAUUCUAUUAAUUUAAGCUUUAAACUCCUUAUUCAAGCAUUCUAUAAUGGAAAUCCUUUUGCAAAUAUUCCAACAAGCAUUCCAAUUAAAAAAAUUAAAAAAUUUAUUGAUAAAAGCUUUAGAUUAUGUGCUUAAGUUUAUUAAUAAAAUGCUGUUGAAUGUACAAAUUUACUCUUGGAAUCAUUUAAAAAAAUACCAAUCUAAGUAUUAAUUAUUUUUAAUUUUAGUAAAUUAAUCAAAUGGCAGAGCAAGAAUAAUUGAUUACAAUUUGUACUUUUAUUUAUUGAUUUCUAGAAAAAUUCAGUUCACUAUUAUGUUUAAUAUCAGCAUUUGUAAUAAGUCCAACAUAAGGAGAGUUAUUAACUGGAUAUGAUUAUUAUGGCCAAUAAAAUAAAUAAGAAAGACCACCUUAGUUUGGACAAUUAAUCAUAUAUAUUUUAGAAAUUAUAUCUUUUUCUAAUAAAUUAAGUUUACCAGUCAUGGCUACUUAAUAAGAUAUUGAAAAGAAAUAAAUUUUAAAAAUGUAUCACACUUGUAGUUUAAUAUUUAUCCAAACAUAUAUUACACAAACUGUAGAAGGUGUAUAUUAUGAUGAAAACUUAAAUAUUGUUAUUUCUUAAUCUUAAUUGUAAUUAAUGUUAUAUUAGUAUAGAUAAACAAGUAUUUUUCGUGAUUUAGGAACUUAAUAGAAUUAUUUAGCAAUUAUGGAGAGCUGUCUAGAACAAUGGUAUUAAAGUUGAUUUAAUUAAGUUAUCAAAUAUUUACUUUGAAUGAUCCUGAUUUGGUAGAAUAUAGUUUUUAAAUAUUGUAAUUUACAUAUGAAAAGUAAAAAUCUAUUUAUAUUAAAAGAUUAAAGAGGUAGCUUGAUAGAAGGAUAUUUUAAGCAAGUUCAGUAAAUAAUAUGUUGAGAUAAUUCUUUCUCUAAAUGGAUUUCACUUGUUUUAAUGAAGUUUAAAAUAUUAAAAAGAGAAAAUUAGUUUAUUAAUUGAUUUCACUUGUUUGGGUUGAUGAUCAAAUGGAUGAUUAUGUUCCAGCCUUAGUGGACAUUUAUAAGCAGAUUAAGAAGUCAAUAGCUGUUGAAAUCAAUAAAAUAAAUAUGUUAAAAUACAUAUGGGACAUGAUUGGAUUAGUUAAUGAAUUAUCACUAGAUAAGAUAUAUAGAAUAUUCUUACGAAUUGUGUAUUAUUAAUAAAAGUAAUCUAGUUUACCUGAUAUAUCACAAAUUUUACAUCCAGAUCAUACUCAAAUUUUUGUAACAGAUUUCGAUUCGUCAAUUGGAUUAACAUCUUUGAUAUGUUCAAUUUUCAAAAACAAGUAAUUUAUAUAUUUUAAUGUAGAAAUACAAGAUUAUCAAAUGAAAAUAUAUAGUUAGUUCUUUAUUAGAUAUAUGGACAAGCAACCAAUUAUUUCAUUACUUCAAUCAAUCAUUUAUUAGCAUAAGCUUAAGCAUUUUUAUCUUAAGGUUAAUAAGUUUAAGAUAAUAUUUUGAAAAUGGCUGCAAAAUUAAUGAAAGUGAUGGGACAAAUUUCACAUUCUAAAUAAAUAAAUUAAGGAUUUUUUAUAAUCUACUAAUCUAAUGUUUGCUUGGACUUAUUUAAAAAAUAAUUAUAACUCAUUACAGUAUAUAGACCUUUAUUCUAAAAUUUAAUGAAAUAUAAAAGAUAUCUUUUUGAAUGUCUUGAAGGAAUUUGUUAAGAACAUAGUGAAACAUUAACAUACAAAUGUGGAGCUGAAAUAUUUUUAUAAUUAUUUGAAUUGUCUGAAAAUACUUUAAAAGAUAUUCUAAAUUUUAAAUCUAUGAAGGGUGAUGAAUAAAUAAAUGAAGAAGCUAUUUAGUUGUCAUAGAUAGCAACAAUAUUUGUUAAUUCAAUUUAAUUUUUAAUUUAAGAAAGUGUAAUUGGAGAAGAAUAAGACACAGCUAUGAUAAAAUAAAAGAUUUCUGAAAUCUAUUCUAAAGGAAAAUUAUUAUUACAAUCAAUUUUUAAAUAAAGUUUUAUGGUAACAGUAGCAUUUCCAAAAAUACUAAAAUUUUUAUAACCCAAUUCUGAUAUCAUAUUUGCAAUAUCUUUAUUUGAUCCAAAAGAAGUAUUCAAUUUAUUAUGAAUUAAGUUUCAAACUCUUUUGUUGUAGUUGAUUUAAGAGUACAAAAAUUAAUUAUGGCUAUCAAAUCUAAUUCUAGAUCCAAUAAAUAUAGGAUAUUAAAGUAAAAUUAAAUUAUAUAUUAAGAUUUGGAGAAUUAUUUAAAUAGUUUUACAAAAGAUAACUUUUCUAAACAAAUUAAAUAUGUGUUAGAGUAUGUUUGUCAUGAAUAAUGA